UCCCGUCCUUCGGGCGUUCGGGGAGCGGAGAAAGAGGGAAGGAGGUGGAGGGGUGGGGUGGGGGUGAGGUGAGCAGGCCGGGCAGCGAUGGUGGGGCUGAAAAGGGCUGGAGGGCUGAGGGGGAGCCAGGAGGAGGAGCAGCAGCUGCCUGGAUCCCCCCUGGACCAGCCCUACGGAAGGAUUGAAGAUUGCUUGCCCCCUCUAGCCACCCCUUCCGCUAAGAGGUUUUCUCCAGCCAAACGGAAGCAAUAUUACAUUGACCAAGCCAUCCGCAACUCGGACCUCAUUCCUAAGGCUAAAGGGAAGAAGAGCCUCCAGCGUCUGGAGAACACACGUUACCUAAUGACCCUCCUUGAGCGGGAUGACUGCGCCAGUGAAGAUGGAGAUCUUGCCCAUCCUGCCUCUCCCAGCAUUUUUACUGAGGCCUGCAACAAUGAGACUUAUAUGAAGAUCUGGAAUGAUUUCAUGAACCGGUCUGGGGAAGAACAAGAACGAGUCCUUCUGUAUUUAGAAGAGGAGGCUUCAAAAAAACCAAAAAACAAAUUGCCUGAUGAAACUGAGGGCAAAUGGAAAGAGCAUCUUCCGUUCACACCCAAAGACUGUUUUCAACGCAUCAGCCGACGCUUACGAACCACCCUGAAACGAAGUCGGAUUCCUAUGGAAACCUUGGAAGGCUUGGAGGAAGAGUUGCUGGCCUUUUUUUCCACUAACCCUCAAGCUGUCUACACAGCUAUGAUGGACAACAGCUUUGAACGGCUGCUCCUUCAUGCCCUCUGCCAGUACAUGGACCUCGUCUCUGCCAGUUCAAACUACGAAGGCAAACGCCAAAUGAAGGUUAGCAACAAACGCACUGUCUUUUUGCCUCCUGAGCUGCUACUGUCCACCUACCUGGAGCAAAUGAGCUGAUACCAGCAGAAAAUGAUGUCCCUGUCCUACUCCCCGGGCCUGCUUUGGAGAUGUCUGCUUUCAUUGCUUUUUAGUACUCAACACCAAUCACAUUACACAGGAUUCGGUUCUCCCAUCUUCAUGUCAAACUUGCAGACUGAUAUCCUGUUCCGGAAUUGAGACCUUGAUGCCAUCCACAGGUUGUAUAUGGUUGCCUAGCAACUGUCCAUCUUUCCUCUUUGCUGCUUCAACACUUAGAAGGCCGCAAAGGUGGGAGUGGAGGCAGUUGUCUUAAAUCCAGAUAGGGAGAUUAAAGCCAGGCCUAUGGGAUCUGUUGACAUCCAGGCACCAUAAAACUACAAAUCCCAGCAUGACUUGCUUUUGGCCAUCUCCAAGCUGGGCCUUCUGACUGAGCAACUGAGGGAGGCCAAAGCAGGGAGGAGCCCCCACCCCAUAACAAAUAAUAGUUCAAAUUUUUUUUUUUUGCUUAGGUUAUGAUAUGCUGCAGACCAAUCCCAUCAUCCCCAACCAUCACCAGCAAUUAUCUUGUUGGUUGGAGUGAUGGAGGCUGUAGUCCACCAUGAGUGUUUUGUGAAUAGAGAGCCGGUGUGUAAAUUGAAAUAAUGAGUAAACAGUGUGACAUAUUGACCAUAGCACAUUGGGGUGGGUGGGUUAUUGUAAUCAAUUUCUCAUGUCCAAAUAUUGCUUAAAAGCACUCACUUUUUCCAUGGGGGAUUAAUAUAAAUUCAGAAGUUCCUCACUUCCAAUUCCUUUAUCAUUUUCACCCUUAAAAACUCCACAAAAAUGUUAGGUCUUCGUUCUGAAAGAUUCAGCAGCACUCAACUCUAAUGAGUAAAUAUGUCACAUUUCUCUCUGACAAGUUUAAAGUUUCUCCAGCAUGGAAGGAUUUAUAUUCCUUGCAGAAACCCCUUUAGAGGGUCGCUGAAGCACUUGGAGGUUUAUCUGUGUCCUCGGGGUCACCUGAAUAAUUCUCCUGGUUCCUGUGGCCUGCAAUUUUUUUUCCUCUGGAAAUCCAUUCCUAGUCCCACACCCUCUAAAAGGA